UUUUUUUCGUCAUAAUCCAAACAGGUUCAGUUCGUGCCUUGUCAAAUAAGGGAAGUACAUUUGCCCUUGCGAGACCUCUAAUGCAAGAUGUCGGAUACAAGGAGCGACAGUAAUGUCGAUCUUGUGACGAGAACCAACCAGUUGGAAGUCCCUCGGUUGCUGACAAUAACAAUAGUGAUAUCUGGAAUGAUUGCGAUAGUUGCGCUCAUCAUCUCAGCCGUCGCAAUCUCCAAACCCGCCAGCUCUGACAUUACAGUCCAGGGUUCAACAACAAAUAUUCAGCAAACUCAGCCUGCAGUUGCAGCCAGUACCUAUGACGCCAGCCGGUAUCAGUCCUCCUACAAAAAGAGGAUUUACACAAUUGCCGUGGGAUUCGGAUCUGGGGGUUUUGAAUAUUAUGACGCCAGUGGAUUUAAAGUUGGUUUUUUUCAUGAUGUAAUAGACGCAGUGUGCCUGGAGGCGAAUAUGGAUUGUAGGACGGUCACGGAGCCAUACACCAACUGUGUGAUCUCGGAGAGAGGACAGCCGCAGCGAGGGGGGAUAGGACUUAUGUCGGGUUGGUACGACGCCUGCACCGGAUGGCUGGCCACUCGUCAACGAAAGCAGUUCUCCGCAUUUUCCAAGCCGUUUCUGAAACCACCCGAGGCCUAUUUCUACGCGCUUUCUGGAUUUAAUACACUGGAUAUCACUGGGAAGAAAGUUGGACUGGUAAGCGGUUGGUUCACUAACGAAGCCUGCCUAGCCGGACUGGACCAGGUGACUGGCAGAGACGUCCCGCACGGCAACGUUUUCCAUGCACAGACGCCCGCCGAGCUCUUGGCUAUGAUCCAGAACAGAACUGUAGACGUGGGUUUUACAACAGCGUCAGUUAUGACCGACAGAAUCUCUGGCACUAAUGUCCAACAAUACCCAACGGACCCCAUCUUCUGUAAGAAUGUCGGAGAACAAGGAAUGAUGACCCGUAAAGACAAUGAUUUUAACUCCAAAUGGAAUGAAGGGUUUGAGAAACUAGUUUCUUCAGGUCGCUUCAAACGGCUAUGUGAUGAAGCACAAACCAAGCACGGUGGACGAGGUAAAAUCAACUGUGUGGAUGCCUAAACCACAGAACAAGGCGUCCUUGACCUUGACAUUGAUGAAUUAUUCGUAGAACAAGGCAUCCGUAACCUUCACCUUUAUGGAAUAAACACAUAACUAGGCAUCCAGAACCUCGACCAAGAUGGAUAAACCACAAUGCGCCUGACGUUCAUCUGGGUGGUUGAUCAACUCGAGGCAUUCGUAACUUUCGCUUUAUAUAUAUGUUUGUGUGUGUGUGUGUGUGUGUGAACUUC